AUGUGUAUGUAAUUUUGUCUCCUUGUAAUAAAUAAAUAAAUCACACAAUAAAUCUUUUCAACUUGCAAUCGUUUUGUUUUUAGAUCAAAAAUUCAAAAUUUAUAUGGGGGGCGAAAUUCCUAAAGGGGGGCGAUAUUCCUAGGAGAUUCGCCCCCCAGGGGGGUGAUAUUCCUAGGAGAUUCGCCCCCGGGGGGCGAAUAUCCUAGGAAUAUCGCCCCCCUUUUGAGAGGGGGGCGAAUCUACUGGGGGGCGAAUCUCCUGUGACACCGGUACGGUAAAGUGUAAACUUUCCAAACUUUGAAGUUCUCUUUGUAUUUUAGAAGUUAUCAAAUAUUUUUAAUGAAGUCAUGCCUUUAUUGCUCAACCUCUAGAGAGAACUGUUUAGAACUGAUAGAGCUAUCCGAUAUUGAAAAAUAAAGUUAAUUUAGUCACAAAGUUUGCAAACAAUAAUUUUUGUAUAUUUUGACUAUAAAUUGAACAAUUUCAGCUGGGACACCGUAUGAAGCUGGAAUCUUCAAAGUAAAGUUAGUGCUGCAGCGAGAUUUUCCAGCCAGCCCACCAAAAGGUACGUUUCAAUACAUAGUUUGCGUCUAAACUAUGUGAAUAGUAUGUGCUAAAACACCUCGAUGUUUUACACAGUGAUGAUUUGUAAGAAAUAUCUGAAGGAAAUGACUCAGUGUUAACAAUGAGUCUGUUUCCUGAAACAUUUCUUACAAAUCCUUCAAAAUUUAGAAUUUACCCAUGCAAAAUUCCUACUGUGAUCACAGAAACUUUAAUGGCGUAAACCAGACUUUUCAUUAUUUACUGGAAUUUUUCAGGAUUUUUUACGACAAAGAUAUUUCAUCCAAACGUUGCUAGCAAUGGGGAGAUUUGUGUGAACACGUUAAAAAAAGACUGGAAGUCUGAUCUUGGGAUUAAACAUAUUUUACUGGUAGGAGUUUAAAUUAAUUUUGUUUUUUGCAUUGAAAGAAUUACUGAAAUUGUUAGGAGAUACACAUGUGAUUAAACCUAUUAACAUGGAUAAUAUUUUUCAUUUUUCUUUACAGACAAUAAAAUGUUUGCUUAUUGUCCCAAACCCGGAGUCUGCACUAAACGAGGAGGCGGGUAAAUUGUUACUUGAAGAAUACGACGAUUAUUCUCGCAGAGCAAAAAUGAUGACAGAUAUUCAUGCAAAAUCCUCGCAACCGGACAGCGCUGCAUUGGACGUUAGCGAUUCUAGCUUGUGUGGCAAAAAGCGAGGGCUUAGCGAUAAGACAAUAGAAAAAAAGAAAAAAGACAAAAAGCGUGCUUUAAAGCGGCUAUAA